AUAAAGUUGAUGUGUAGGCAGGGCAUACCAGUUCAGUACAGAAGUGAUAUCUGGCGCAGACUUAUCUAUGCCAAGAUAUCAGAUCUAAAACAAGAGAAAGGAGAGUUCUACUUUGGCCACCUUAUCACACGGGCCUACGAUUCUCUGGUUGGGUACUACCGCAAGCAGAUUUUCAUCGACCUGUUGAGGACCAUGCCGACGAACAUCAACUUCAGUUCUGCUGAUGCCGAAGGGAUUCGAAAACUAAAAGAAGUGUUGUUAGCAUUCAGUUUCCACAACCCGUCAAUUGGGUACUGCCAGGGACUAAACUUUGUUGCCUCCAUGUGUUUACUGUUUCUUGAUACCGAAGAUGCAUUUUGGGCGCUAGUUGCAAUAACAGAAAAAUACUUUCAACCAACGUACUUUGACAAAAGUCUGACUGGUGCAAACAUUGACCAGGAGGUCUUCCAGGAAAUGUUCUCGCAAAAGUUACCGGUCCUCUAUGCGCACGUCAAAAAAUUUGAUCUAGAAUUUUCAACGAUUACGAUCAAUUGGUUUCUCGCUCUUUUCAUUGAAGUUGUUCCAUUUCAAACUUUACUGAGAAUAUGGGAUUGUUUUUUGAUGGAGGGACCAAAAGUUUUGUUUCGUUUUUCCCUGGCCAUUUUGCAAAAACAUCAGGAAGUGUUGAUGGAACAAAGAGAGGUGCUCGGUCUCUUGAAAUGUCUCAAAAACUGCACCAAGCUGCUUCUCGAUGUUGACGGACUUGUAAAAACCGCCUUUGGAGAAUUGAAACCAUUUCCGAAACGUCAUUCCAUCACCACGAGGCAGUUACAUUUUGAAAAAAUU